AUGAGACUCUCAACAACACUAGUCUCCCUGGCCAGUGCCGCCGGCACCCUCGCCUACCCCGGCAUGGGCAAGGUCAUGGAGGAGAUCGAGGCCCGUGACGAGAUGCUCAAGGGCCGCUCGAUCGAGCUGAUUGGCGAUCUCAUCUCGGGCGCGUACUCGCCCGCGGGCCAGGCGAUCAAGGGCAUCCUGCAGGGGUUUGGCAUUGCCGUCGCCGACAAGACGCAGUACAAGGCGCCCGGCGCCCUUGGCUCCGACGCCUGCAAGAAGGACAAGCUGUGCAUGUGGAAGUACCUGGCGGACGAGAUGUACGCCGUCUUUGCCGACUCGGAAGGGUGCACCGACCUCGCGCGGGGCGCGAUCCGGCUGGGCUUCCACGACGCGGGCUCCUGGGACCGCAAGUCGCCCAACGGGGGCGCCGACGGGUCGAUCCUGCUCGCCGGGGAGCUGAGCCGGCCCGAGAACUUUGGCCUCGAGACCAUCGGCUCGACCACGAUGGGCUGGUACACCAAGUACAAGCCCUACGGCGCGGGCAUGGCCGACAUCAUCCAGCUCGGCGCCAACGUCGGCGUCGUCGCGUGCCCAGACGGGCCCCGGAUCCGGACCUUUGUCGGCCGCCCCGACAGCUCCAAGCCGGCCCCGGACGGCAAGCUGCCCUCGGUCCACGCCGACGCGCAGUCCCUCAUCGACCUCUUCGCCGCAAAGACGUUCACCGCCACCGACCUCGUCGCCCUCGUCGGCGCUCACACGGCCUCCAAGCAGCGCUUCGUCGACCCCAGCCGCGCCGGCGCCGCCCAGGACUCGACGCCGCACUACUGGGACACCAGCUUCUACUCGGAGACACUCGACGCCGCCAGGGGCAUCUCGCGCAACGCCACAAAGACCGCUGAUCCGGAAGAGGCCGACGGCACCGACAACGACGGCCCCACCGCCACCGACGUGUUUGUCUUCCAGAGCGACAAGAACCUCGCCGUCUACUCAAAGACCAAGAUCCAGUGGGCCAUCUUUGCGGGCAAGCUGGGCAAGCCCACGUGGGCGCUGGCCUACGCCUCCUCCUACUUCCGCAUGAGCAUGCUCGGCGUCAAGAACCUCAACAGCCUGACCGAGAUCUCCAAGGUCCUGCCUCUGACGCGGACAUGA